ACCAAACGUGCAGACCGAGCAUCCAUUGACAGGGCCCACCUAGUGCUUGGUCAUGCACUUGGAUCCAGCAAUUCUCAGGGCCGUUUGUGACUGUCUUUCUACGCGUCCACGCGCCUACACGAUUGAACUUCUUUAAGGAUUAUCUUGAAUCCACGUCAAGCAAGGAAACGACUCAGUGACAGACGAGGCGAGACCAAGUUUGCACGCAUAAAGAAGACUCUGCAUUACAUAAUUUGUACAGAUGAUGUUAGUGGACUGAUCAACGUCGGGAGACCACUAGCCGGUGGAGGCGCCAGCAGUCCAAGCGAUGACCAGCGUAGUUUCGCCGCGACGCCGACAAGGAGGGGAGCUCGAGCAGCUCAAGGAGGAGAACUUCUGCUUGCGAUUGCAAGUGACCAAGCUCCAGGUGGCGCUGCGCAAAUCUGCACGGAAGGAUGGGUCACGGUGCAGCCCUGCGCGACCGGUACCAGCACCAGCAUCGCAGGAGCAAGUGGACUCUGUUAUGAGCGAGCUUGUGGCCCUGCGGCAGCAGGUUGGCCAGUUGCACGAGGAAAACCGCCGGCUGCAGGCUCAGCUUCAGACCUUGCAAGGCGGCCAUGCGGUGGCAGGGCAUGGUGAUGAGGAGCCCUGGAUUGGUGCGCGGCAAGACGCCUUUUCCCGUGGCGACAUCCAGUACAUUGAGCGGGAGAUCCUCUGCCUCAAGCAGAAGCUGUCUGACACGCGGCAGAAGCUGCGGGUCACGGACGAACAGCCGCCACCCCUGCAGCAGUACCAGCAGCACCAGCACUCGUUGCACGCGUUGCAAGAGCAGGAGGCGGCACAGGCGGGGGCGGGGGCCGGGCAGCGUGUGGGGGCCUCAUUGGAGCCGCUGGGCUCUGUGAGCCUUAACCGGGACCGUGACUCCUUCUCUUUCUUCCCGCAGCUGACGGCAGUCGCAGGGGCACAGCGCUCAAAGGCUGGCAAUAAGGCGGCAUUAGGGAGCAGCAAAUCAACGGCGCCUGGCUCCUCGCUUCGCGCGCGGGCAGGGACCAGCAACACUGCGACCAAGAAGGUCCCUACGACGGGUGUCAAGCCUUUGAAGGAGAACCGCGAGAAUGCAACCAAGGGCGGCUUGUCAGCUGCACGCGGCAAGCUGCGGCGGAAAGGCUCAUGAGCGCUCACAGCGGAUGGGCCCGCGCCAACGGGGCUAGGAACCAGAGGAGCGGGCCAGCUGAGCCAUCGCCCGCUUCACACGGGACAGGGACACCAUAGCGAUAAUGGUGCCCAGCAGCAGGGGCAGGCGGAGGCCGGCGGAGGACGACGAGGAGCAGAAGCAGCAGCACGGUAGUAAUGGCACAUAAGAUUUGACAGGGGCGGACGGACACGUCCAGUUGCUGAGUGCAGGCGCUAGGCCCCUGGCGUACGCCCUGUAUACUAGGGCUAAAGGUUGACUUGCGACGAAUCUGUAUGGUGUAUCUAUCGUAUAUUCGCGUGGGUGUGAUGGGGCAAGUCAAGGGGCGUAGCGACGGGUGUUAUUACUGCGUUAGCGUGGUUGGUGGUGGCAGUGGUGAUGGUGGUGGUGAUGUGCUGCGCCAGUGGCCAUAAUUUGAAUGGCCCGCCUCUUGGAGAGGGCCACGGUGAAGUGGGCGGCGAUCUGUGCCGUGCCGCCCCGAUGGGCGCAUCUCCAUCUUACCGACCUGUAACAUAGUGGGUUC